AACAUAAGGCAGUAAAAACUCUUCAAGUAUUUUUAUAUAAAUAAUUCCAUAUAUUCGAUAUAACAGAUAUUAUUUUUCUAUAUGACAAAGUAUCCAUCAAUUGCAGGUCUGAUCGAUGGAACGAAUACUUAACCUUUCAAGUUAAAAUAUUUCUCAAAGCAGUGUAAUUAUGCCAGUAUUUCAAGAAUCAUGUGCAGAGCAAAUUCAAGCUCAAACCAUCAUUAUAAUCCAUCCUGGGUCAAUGUACCUCAGGAUGGGAAGAGCAUCCGAUUUAAAUCCUUGCACCAUCUUAAAUGCAGUUGCAAGGAGACGGUUACCAGGAGGAUUGGAAUACAAGGAUAGUUUGUUACCACCUGCUGUACCACGAACAAAGGAGUUGACACAAGCAAUGGAAGAAUCGCGUCUUCAAGUAUCUCACACAUUGCAAUCUUGUCUUCAAUCCGAUGGAAGGAGAAGAUAUGCUACCCCUCCACAACAAAUAGCAGCAUUUAAUCGCAGAUCAAAUCCAGAAAUAUCAUCUCCUUGUAGUGUGGAAUGGAUAAAAACAGACAAGGAUGUCGUGGUCGGCGACGACAUACUAUCAUUGAAUCCGGAUGAUAACUUUAAUGUUCAUUUUCCGUACAGGAGAGGAGAGCUGAAUGUUCAUUCAGGUCCCGGCGGUAGCUUACGAUCCGUUAUGGCCGACUUAAAAACUAUUUGGGAAUAUGUUCUAACAGAUAAAAUGGACAUUCCUUUGAGAGAUUUGAAGCAUUACAGAGCUGUUCUUAUAAUACCGGAUAUAUACAACAGACAAUAUUUGAAGGAAUUAACAACCCUGAUGCUUUGCGAAAUUGGAUUUGGAGCAUGUUUUUUGUUACAAGUUAGUAUUGGUAUUAUCUUGAAGCAAAAUGUAUUAAUUGAUUUAUCAAUUUUUUUUUCUUGGAAGGAUCAUGUAGCAGCUACGUUUGGCGCGGGCCUGGGUUACGCGUGUGUAGUCGACGUGGGAGAUCAAAAAACGUCGGUUUCUUGCGUGGAAGAUGGAAUUUCUCAUAGGAACACAAGAGUUCGUAUGGAUUAUGGUGGAGGAGAUAUCACGCAAACGUUCUUUUGGUUACUUCAGAAAUGUGCAUUUCCGUAUAAAUCAUGCGAUCCGUCUAACAAAUUGGACGCGUUACUUUUGAAUCAACUCAAAAAGGACUUUUGUCACGUUGAUCUGAACGUGUGCGGAUCUCAAGAAAAAACGUUCGUGGUUAGAAAGCCGAAGCAACAAACAGAAAAGUAUACUCUUCAAGUAGGCGACGAAUGUUUGGUAGCGCCUUUGAGUUUGUUUCAACCAGAGUUGUUCAAAGUGACUGGAACGCAUAACGUGCAUAUACAAAAGAGAUCGACGGGAGAUCCAGAAGAUCCGCACGAUGAAAACUAUUUACGGGAAACGAGUAGAAGAGGCAUGAAAGAGAAUUUGGAACAAACUUCUGAAAUGCCAGAGGAGGCAACCGCGCCAACGGCACCAGGAGAAGAAGAAGUGGUCGUAGAUGCUGUGGAUUCGGCACCGAUUACCCUAUCUAAUCGCGAUUUAGAUGCACCGCGUGAUUUCGUGGUAGGACCUCAACAACUUUUAGGUCUCGAUCAUGCCGUGCUUCAGAGCAUCGAUCGCUGUCCUACGGAAGAUUUGAAAAGAAAGAUGUACAGUUGCGUGCUCGUAGUUGGUUCGGGCAUGAAGUUCCAAGGCAUCGGGAUGUGGUUGCACAAUCGAAUCUCCCUUCAAAUUCCUUAUAUGUAUCGAGCAGAACAACUCGACAUUAUAACUCAGCCUAAAGAAAUGGAUCCCGGCAUGACAGCGUGGAAAGGUGCCGCGAUAUUGAGCUGUUUGGAACCUGCUCAAGAACUGUGGAUCGGUCGGCAAGAAUGGGAGCGAAACGGUGUUAGAAUCUUGAGAGAAAGAGCACCCUUUAUGUGGUGAUGCUAUGGAAAAUAUUUUACCGUUUCUCAAACCGAUAUAACUAAAUGUAAAACUUUAUUUUAAUCAGUGUUUUCGCGAGUAUCGUUGAAAAUAUGAGUGUACAAUGUAAAAUACAUACACUGUGCAUUCAUAUUCUAGAAUAUAUCGGUUAACUUAA